AUGUAUCCAGAAGAGCAGACAAUUUUCCAAGAAUAUUUGACAAAUCAGGGGACUGUGGUAAAGCCCUACUGCUGGCAGAGACAGAACUGCAUCUGUGCUAAGUGUCCCUACCACAUACGGACCGGUGAAGAAGCGAGAGUCCCUUGCACAGAAUUUCAUAGGGUCUUUGGCUUCCCAUACAGAUCAACAGCAACUUGCCAAAACAAUCACCUUCUCUUCUACGAACUGAGGAGUUUCUCAGCCGCGGUAAUCCAAAAAGGCCAUGCUACAAACUGUACUGACCAAGGUAACCACCCAGAAUCUAUGCUCUUUGAGGUGGGCGGUUAUCUGGAUGCAGUUGCAGGUGCCUGUGAAAACAUCGGCUGCAUCAUCCUCUAUUCAAAUUACUCUCCUUGUAACGAGGCUCACCACUUCUGCAUAAGUAAAAUCUACAACUUCUUGCUGAAAUAUCCAGAAAUCGCUCUCUGCAUCUAUUUCUCUCAGCUUUAUCACACUGAGGAUGGUUUCCCCAGCGCCGCGUGGAACCGCGAAGCUUUGCGGAGCCUCUCCAGCCUGUGGCCUCGGGUGACUUUGCAGCGACUGCCUGGGGGGACGUGGCGUUACCUCCUCUGCAAUUUUGUGUAUGGCAUCCCAGGGUCAGCUCUUUAUCACCCAACUUCGCUGCCAAGAACCUUAGCAGGCCGACAAAAUUCACGUCAAAUGAACAACUUAACAGGAAUUAAACCGUACUUUAGGAAAGCCUUUCCACAAGCAGUGCAGGGAAAGCCUGCUGUGCAGCAGAACUUAAUGGCCUUUUCUUCUCCUAGCCCAGCCUUCCCACAGCCUUCCCAAGCGAUGAAAGGCAAUCUGCUACCACCCAUGUCUCAAAGCCACUUGGUGCUUUUCCCGGCCAUGUUUCUGCCCUUUCGGAGGGAACAUCUAUACCCCAGACCUAAAAAUAUCAUCAGGCAUUUAAAAAUGCCAAAGGAAUAA